AUGAAAGUCCACUACUGCAAUGACCUGGAAAAGCUUGUGCUGGACGUCAACUUCCAGAAACGCGGCUGGAGAGCGGUUGAACCAGAAGAUGACUGGAACUUUUACUGGGCGAGUACUCAGACGUGCCGCAGCAUCUUCGGCGUUGAAAGCGGGAUGCGGCUGAACGAUUGGCAGAUGAUCAACCACUUCCCGAACCACCCGGAGCUGACGCGGAAAGACCUUCUGGUGCGCAACAUCAAGCGUUACUGCAAGGAGCUGGAGCGCCAGCAGAACCCGCUGGGGGAGCGCUGCCCCUUCACGCGCCGUUACAAGCACCUCGACUUCGUGCCCGUCACAUUCGUCCUGCCCGCAGACUACAACAUAUUUCUGGAAGAAUACCGCACCGGUCCUCACAAGACGUGGAUAAUGAAACCGUGUGGAAAGUCUCAAGGUGCAGGAAUCUUCCUCAUCAAUCGGCUGUCGAAAGUCACCAAGUGGACCAGAGACACAAAGGCGCUCAUGGGACCGUGGUCGAGAGAGUCAUACGUCAUUUCCAGGUAUAUCCAGAACCCUCUGUUAAUUGGUGGCAAGAAAUUCGACUUACGCCUGUAUGUACUGGUGACGUCAUUUCGUCCUUUGAAAAUAUAUUUGUUCAAGCGUGGCUUCUGUCGUUUCUGCACCGUCAAGUACGACACCAGCAUCCAGGAAAUGGACAACGUGUUCGUGCACCUGACCAACGUCUCCAUUCAGAAACACGGAACGGAGUACAAGGAGGGCCACGGCGGCAAGUGGGGGGUGGAGAACCUGCGCCUCUACCUGGAGGGCACUCGCGGCGCAGCCGUCACCCAGAAGCUGUUCGACGACAUCUCGUGGCUGAUCGUGCACUCGCUCAAGGCGGCAGUGCCCGUCAUGGUCAACGACCGCCACUGCUUCGAGUGCUACGGCUACGACAUCAUCAUUGACAAGAACCUCAAGCCGUGGCUCAUAGAGAUUAACGCUUCGCCUUCUAUGACAUCAACAACUAUUAAAGACCGCAUCCUUAAAACGAAGUUGAUAGACAACAUUUUAAACGUCGUUCUGCCCCCUGACGGCUUCCCGAGCGCCCGCUGGAACAAGGUGCCGAGCGCCAAGGCCCUGGGGGAGUUCGAGCUGCUGCUGGACGAGGAGCUGGCGGCGGUGCACGAGCGCGCCUGCUGCUCUCCCAGGGCGGGCCGCUGA